AUGAAUUUGGCUACCGUGUUCCUGCCACUUGCGCUGCUGGGUCUCAUACGGCUUCCCUCAGCUCUCUGGAUCACGGAUGGUUUCGCGUACAAUCACUACGACAUAAAUCUAAGCAACAAGAGGGCCAGUCAAGUCACCACAACGACAAAAGCAGGAUACCACGAGUUGAGCACCGUACCAUUGUCAGACGACGACACGCCUCAGUGGCCACCUCAGACAAGGGACGAUACCAGCUACGAAGAAUUCCGCCCUCGGACAAGCAUUCAUGGCUACAUCGCGAGAAUCAUCUUCUUAACUCCACUACUAGGCAUGGCGAGCCUAAGCGGCUUGUGGACCUAUCGGCUUUUGAAAAAUACCAUUUACUAUUCCACUUACAUUACCGGCACGGGACUCUUUUCACUCAUGCUCUGGUGCACCUUCAGCUUCGGAAGUGCCGUCAUCUUCAUCCUCAAUAUCGCAAGAGCACAGGAUAGAACUACCGUCGUUCCUGGAGUGUCGACGUUGUGGUACCGCUUAUACUCCGCUAUCCUUUUCCUUCUCAUGCUCGCAUUGUUCAUCACGGCGAGUAUCGAGACUAAACAAACAUGGUGCGGAAAAAUCACCAUCUUGUACGAUUACGACGUCUGCCCUUGGAUCUCGUACCUACCGCAAGACACAUACAUGUACUUCAAUGCGACGGCUAAAGAUGGCUCGCGCAGUUGGACAGGCUACAUUAACGCGACGAAGGCGUAUUUGGCCGGUGAUUACUUUUUGAGAGCUGUGAAUGCCUCCCUUGAUGCUACCCCUGAGACCGCGCACGCGUUUCUAAAUCAGAGUUUAGAAGAGUUUAUGAGAAACGUCGAUAGUUAG